AUGCCCCUUCUCCAGCCGCCAGCCCCGGACCUCCGCCCGUCCCAACUUACCUAUGUCGAUGGGUAUCAGUCAAUCGUGUCGCGCGUGCGGCGCAAGGGUGGUUCGGGAUCCGGCGGUGUAGUCAUCUUUGUCGGCGUUGACGUGGACGGUCUGCUCGCAUCGCGUAUCCUCGCCUCGCUGUUCAGGCAAGACGACGUGCCCUACCGCGUCGUCCCAAUAGGCGGAUACUCGGAACUCGAGGCCAAGCGCGACGAAGUAGUCGCAUCAGAAGAGCUGCACACCCUCAUUCUCCUUUCGCUCGGCUCGCUGCUCAACCUCUCCGAGUACUUUGACCUCCCGCCCACCUGCCACCUGCACAUUAUCGAUGCGCACCGCCCGUGGAACCUGGACAACCUGUUUGGCGUCGACGUCGAUGUCGACGGCGAGGACGGGACGGGGCAGGGAAGGCUGUGGGUGUGGGGUGACGGCGACGAGGGAAGGCUCGAGGGUGUCAAGAAGAGCUGGGAGGCUCUGGAGUACGCGCCCUCCGAUUCUGACGACUCUGAUGACGAUGACGAGGACAGUGAGGAAGAGGACGAGGACGACGAGGACGAUGACGAGGAAGAAGAAGGAGACAGCGACGAGGAGAACCACGUCGGCGAGGGCAGGAUAGGCAAGAGGAAACGAACUGGGUCUGCCGGUCCCAAGAAGAAGCGGAGAGACGAUGACGAUGACAGGAACGCCCACAUUGAGCGUGUCAACAAGUACUACCAUGCCGGAACGCACUAUGGCGCCAGUGUAGGCUUCACCGUCUACCUCCUCGCCACUGUGCUGGAACGCGCAGACAAUGACCUGUUGUGGCUUGCCAUCUUGGCCGUGACAUACCAGUACGUCGCGGCCCAGAUCGACCGCGACAAGUACGAGGAGCACCACGAGCUGCUCGGCGACGAGGUCGCCCGUCUCAACCCGCCAAUGCCAGCUGGCGUGCCCGAUGCCGACAACCGGAGCAUUGCGCCUACCGACGAGCUGCGGUUUGCCCUCGUCCGCCACUGGAACCUGUACGACGCCAUGCUGCAUUCCAACUAUAUCGCUUCGCGCCUAAAGAUCUGGAAAGAAAAGGGACGCAAGCAGCUCCAGGGCCUGUUGGCGAAGAUGGGGUUCUCUCUUCAGCAAUGCCAGCAGGCCUACGCGCACAUGGACCGCAGCCUCAAGCGCGACCUGCCAGGCAAGCUGGAAUCCAUUGCGCCAGAAUACGGCCUUGUCGAGCUCGUUUACCCGUCGUUUGGCCGUGCGUUUGGCUUCCAAAUGGCCCUCCUGUCCGCCGCCGACGCCGUCGAGGGCCUCGAGGCGCUCUUGGAAGCUGCCAAGGGCAUCCGUAUGGAGAUCGAGGUCGACGGCGGCAAGGGCGGUGGCGAGUGGUUUGGCGGUAUGCGUACCUGGAGCCUUGACGCCAACGGUAACGGCGACGUCCCCGCCGCCGAGGAGCUCGAGACGCUCGAGCAGGACAGGGCCGCGCCAAAGAUCCACAACUGGCACGUUCAAAACUUCUGGACGUCCUACGACGCGUGCGACGACAUUGUCCUCCUGGGCAAGUCGCUGCAGCUCGCCAAGUCGCUCCACCGCGCCAUCAUCCGGCAGGGCUCGGCGAUCCUCGACAAGACCGCCAUCCGCCCACUACGGACGUUCCGGUUCGCCGCCGUGCGCGAGGGCCCCGACCUGCGCGUUUUCUGCCACCCGGCGCCGCUGUCGCGCCUGGCCCUGUGGCUCGUGGACGCGACCCGCCACGCGUGGAACAAGAGCGACGUCAAGCAGGGCAAAAAAGCCGCUGCGAACCCGUUCGUCGUCGCGUGUCUGAACGAGGACAGGGGCACGUUCCUCGUCGUCGGCGUCACGGCUGCCAAGGAGUAUGGCGACGUGCGCAAAAAUAAAUUCGGCCUCGCGUUCCAGCAAGCGGCGGAAGAGUCGGGCGCCACGUACAAGCACGACAUGUUUGACACGUCCGUCGUCGAGGUCGCAGAGCAGGACCUCAAGGCGUUCAUCGAGGCGCUCCAGCUGCACUCGGCUGAGGCGUAG